UUGACAAAUGAAAAGUAGACUCGUACUUUUAUAUUUAUCCGUUUUAUCUGUUUAUCCUUUGUUAUUUUCUAACUUGUUACAGUGUUUAGAACAAAACUCUUAAAACGUGUCACAGCCAAUCAUGAAGUUUUUAUAUUGCUUGGUUGUUUUGGUGGUUCUUAGCCUGACCUGUUGUUAUGGAGAUACAGCUCACGAUGAAGAUUACAUUGAUCCCUUUGACAUGGUUAAUUUUGAUCCUGUCACAAAGACUAUGAAGAAUAAGGGAAAAAAAGCCAAGGAAGAGAAAAACCAAGAAAAUGAAAUCACAAAGGAUGGAAAGGUCACAAAGGAUGAAAAAGUCAUGAAGGACGAAAAAGUCACAAAGGAUGAAAAAGUCGCGUCAGAUAAAUUAGCCCACAGCAUCCCUCCAGUAUCUACAACACAGUCACCACCAGUUACAAACCAAAAGCGGGAAGAUGAGAAACCACCAGACAGAAAUUCUGGUUCUCUCUUGUUCAGAAAAUAUGUUAAAAAGUUGAUUUCAUAUUUUCAGUCAAAGGCUCCAGAUACUACACAAGAAUAUCAUGUAUGGGUAAAAUUAUCCAAGGAUCAGUAUGCCGUUCUACAAAAGUUUGCCGAUGGCAAGUCAAAUAUUCAUGAUGCUCAAGAAAUCUUAGUCAGUAUGAUUACUGAUGUAACAAGGUCUAAUGUUGGAACUACGGCCAAAUUGUCCAUGUGGUUUGAAGAAAAGACAGGAGCUUCACUUGAUAAUAUCUUAAAGAUGGUAACUAUAAUGAGUUUAAUAUCUAUGGUACUGUACAUGGAGAUUGGAUUACAUAUUUCAUGGAGGAGAAGAAUAACACAAUUAAUAAUGUUAGCCUUUGUUAUAAGUAUACCAAUGACUUGGUAUGAACUUUAUCAGACAGCUCAGAUAAGCCAGCAGACGGUGACAAUGAAAGAGGCUCCAAAGGAAUGUGUUCAGGAUAUGGACAAAGACGACUGGCUGACAUUCUAUACACAUGCCUUCAAACAUAUAUUUACGUUCCAGGAAGACAACUGUCAGAAGUACUAUGAACACAUGUUGAUUGAUCCUUUGCUUAAAGUUACCCCAACAAAGGCAAUAGCAGUGACAUUUGUCCGAUUUUUCUUAUCUCCCUUGAAGGAUGUUGGGACAGCAUUCAGUGAAUUCAUGAGAGCAUUAUUAAUUGACUUACCAGUAACUUUAUAUCCAGUUGCUAUAGUAACACUUUCGAUGUUCUUUUUCUUGUUUUUGUUUAUGUGGUUUGGAUAUAGUAUCAGACUACCAUUUUUCGUGUCCAUUGAACCAAGUCCUGUAGUCAAGUUAGCAGGAUCAGCAACAGAUAAUACUCAGGCAAUAGAGGAUGUGAAAAAACAGCUGGAAGCUUUAGUAGGCAGUAUAGAAACCUCAGAAACCCGCAUGGCAGACGAAUUAAAACGAAUGGGAGAAAUACAAACAAGAUCAAUAGAGUAUACGGCUGCUGCCAUGACAACUAAUGUUGCUCCUCCCACUCUUCCUUCAUCCCAGUCAGCUAUUACCUUUAACAGAAGUGACAUUAGUUUCGAAUCUUCAGAAGAGUUUGAGAUAAAAUCUCCUAUUCCAUGUUCUGACGAUUCUUUUUCUGUUUCUGAGGAUGUUGUGGUUAGGCAGGAAUCAGUGACAAAAGUGAUGCAGCCAAUUGGUACAACACCAGUAGAUAAUAUUGGUCCUAAUUCGUGAUUGUUGUGAUGAUUUAUCAUCUCAUCUAAAAUGUCUCAUUUUCAUGUGAUCUGAUUUAAAUACAGAUCCUGAGUCAACGCUUUAUUUACAAUGAUCUGAUAACACUCCCUUCAACAUUCUGUUCUGGUAAUUAUUCCAUCAGCCAAUGAAAUUCCUGCCUACAAAUUUUGAGGGUGUAUGUCAUUGCAACAAAACCAGAGGAUUCCAAAAGGUCUUAAAACAAAAACUAGAAUGGAGUGUGUUCAGAUCCUUGUAAGAGAAGCUUGGAACAUGAUCUGUAUUUUAAUGAGAUAAAUUUUCAUGUAGAUAUCAAAUGGAAAAAAUGUGUUAUGUGUGAUAAUUUAUAGUGUGUUCGAGAUAUUGAUUCACUCUAGUAUUCAAGUGUUCUACUUUUUUUCUAAUAAUUUUAAUGAUGAUUAGUAGGGGAGACAACUUUGCUGCUUUACUAUUGGAACAUCUUAAUGCAAUUGUAUAUUAUAUACAGAUGGAUUGAUUCAAUAGAAAAAAUAUAACAAUUUUCUGAAUAUGAUAUUUUUAAAGCAACAAUGUUGUUGGCAGGCAUUCUUAAUGUGAAAAUAUAUUCCAUGCCUGAUAAUAAAUCCAAAACCCACAAUAAACAGUGUACUGUGAAUCAGACAAGAUAUUUGUGAUUCAUUACUACUUAAUGUCAACAUUUUAUGAUUAUAAUGCUAUAGUGCUAAGUACAAGAAUGUUAUGACUACAAAUACAAAUUCUGAAAUCCAACAGUUAUACAGACUGUUUUCGUUAUGCCUGCAGAUAUUGAGUUGAUAUUUAGUUUAUAAUUUUAUAUAUAACAGUGAGUUACAGAUAGAGGUUGUGUUUCAUUUUGGUUGACUUACUUUUCAUGGAAAAAUGGCUUUGGAUUGGAAUAGCUAUAACUUGUUUUAAAAUAUACAAUGAAAAGAUUUUUACAUUAGCCAUAUUAGCCCAGCAUUAGCCCUUAACAGAAAAUUUUCUUUAACCUUAUCCUCAGACUGAUACAAAAAAUAAUUUGUGAAACACAGUAUUGUGUAUGUGUAAAAUGUCAUGCAGGGAUCUGCAUGAAACAAGUUGUACAUUACUUUUUAUAUUUGUUGAUAAAUCUCUGUUAUUUUUUAUGUAAGGGGUAUAAUUAAUAUAUACUGGUUAUUUUUAUGCCCCCGCCAUAGCGGAGGGGGCAUUAAGUUUUACCCUUGUCCGUCUGUACGUCACGAAAUUGGUUUCCGUUCUCUAACAUUAGAUUGCCUCAACCAAAUGUUAUGAAACUUAUACACAAUGCUUAUUACCACAAAACAAAGAUCAAGUUUGAAUUUUGGUGGCAUCCCUAUUACUGGCCUAGAGUUAUGCCCUUUACAAAUGGAAAAAUUGCUGAAAUUUUCAUUUCCAUUCUCUAACUUUAGUUUGCAUCAAUCAAAUGUUAUGAAACUUAUACACAAUGCUUAUUACCACAAAACUCGGAUCAUAUACGAAAUUUGGGUAGCGUCACUUUUACCGUUCUUGAGUUAUGUCCCUUUAUAACGUUGUAUGCAAGUGGUGGCAUCAUGUGUGUCCCAUGGACACAUUCCCCAUUUAUUUCUUCUGAAAUAUUUUGAAAGAUAGUUCUUGAUGUUUUUUUGUUAUUUGUGUCCUAGGGUUGCUGUCUCAUAGAUCUAUAUCUAUUUUCCUUAAAUUGUCCCAGAUUUUUAUCAGAUUCGUUUCAAAGGUAUAUAACAGCAAUGUCUCGGACAUUUUCGAAAAUAAGUGCUGAUCAACUAUCUAUAAAAGAGUUAUGCCCCUUAGAAAUAUAAAAUAUAUGGAAAAAAAAAAUUUGCAUUGUAAGUGCUCUCGCAUGUACAUUUUUUGCCAGAUUUUUAUUAAAUUCAUAUCAAAGGUAUAUAACAGCAAUGUCAUCGCACAAUUUCGAUAAUAAUAAGUCCCCAUCAAAUAUUUUUAAUGAGUUUCCCUUGGAAAUAUUAAAAAUAUUCUAAAAAGUUUUAAAAAAUGUUUUUUUUUAGUUAUUGUCCUUGGAUUUUUUUAAGUCAUUGUCCUUGGACAGAACAGAUAAAAUAUGUGCAACACAGGGGAAAUUGGAACUCUGUUCUUUUAUUAACACAAAUGUACGCUAAUUCAUCAUUAAAUUGUGUAAGUUAUGGUCACUACUCAUAUUUUGAGAGCUUAUGAUUUCAAAUUUGACCUUUUUAUAAAGUUUAAAGAUGAGAAAAUCAUUCUUGAAUUGAAAGAAAAAAACACAACCUAAAUCUGAGCUAUAGAAGCUGGUGACUAUUAUUUUAUUUACAGUAAUGGCUUUUCUUUAAAGUCAAAAUUUGGAUAAUUUGCAGUCAGAUCCAGUUCGUCUUUCUCACUCUGAAUUGAACUAAUGUGUGUAAAAGUUAUCUACCUGGCCAAAACCAAAGAUUCUUUGAUUAGUGAAUAUGUCAGUUAUUGUAAUGUGUAUAUGUAUUUGAAUGUAUUCUUGAGAAUUCAGCAAUGCAAUUCCCAAGAAAUGAUAAUUGCUUUGUUUGUAUGUAAAUAAAGAUAAGAUGUGGUUUAAUUUUUAAUUAGACCACUAUCCUCCAGAGACCAAAGGACGAGUAUGUUCACACCUAGCUGCAAGUUCAAAAUGGCCUGUAAUGAGAAUGUAUGCUUUAUAUUUUCCUCUUUUCACAAGGAACACAACCAUGAGAUAAGGUCUAAAGAAGGAAUAUUUAACACACUGUAUUGGCAGAUUAAUGUGAGCAUGUGCCUACCCAGUUCCAGAGCCAAGGCCAAGGAGGGUUUUACUACCAAACAGUUAACCUUACCUCCCAAAAAAAUUCUAAAAAGUGAAAUUAUUUUAUUUAUUAAUUAAUCUGGUGUGUGCUGCUAGUAAACAUGGCAUUAUGAUAGAAGCUUUUCUGGUGAACUCUAGAGGAAAUGACAUUUUUUUCAUCAUCUUCGUACAGUUUCAGUUUUAAAGCAUUUCUUAUGACUGGAAUAUAAGGCACUAUAAGAUUCAUUAAAAUCAUUCUAUAUAAUGAUUGAAAUUUUCAAUGAAAAAUGAGGUAUUAACUACUGUGGAUUCAGUUAUUUUCGUGGGUACCAAUUUUCUUGGGUUAAGGAAAAAUGUAUUUCGUGAUAUUUGAUUUCAUAGUUUUACAGAAGUCUGCAUUCAAACCUAUACAACAUUUGUACUUCGUUAAACAUUUAAAUUUGUAGUUCAGCCUGCCUGUAUCCACAAAAUCACUGAAAAUUGGUAUCCCACAAAUUAAAAUUAAUUGGAAAUAGGACCUCAACAGUGAUUCCUAAUAAAACAAUAUUAUUGGCAGUGACCUAUAGUUUACAUCCUCAUCCUGUGGUCUCGGGUGGAUUGUUGUCUCAUUGGUAAUCAUACCACAUCUUAUUUUUAAACAAUGUAAAAUUUCAGUCUUAUUGUGCACCAUGAAAGCUUAAAUUAAUAUAAAAUUUUGUUCUAUCAUUUAUUUGAAAAAGUGCCAUACACAUGUAAAUGUUUAUAUUAUGAACAUUUUUUUUUAUGUUUUGUUUAGAAAGAAAUAAUUGAUGAAUUUUGUAUACACAAUAUAUUCUAUUUGCAUUUGUUACAGUGAUUAAAGUUUGCAUAUAUAUUUGUUUUUCUAACAUUUUUUAUACAUUGUAAUUUUCUGUGCAAAUUUUUAAGGCCAUUUUAAAAUUGUUGACAAUUAGAAAAA